AUGAACGAUCGAUACCGAAAACCAUACCGGCUUGGACGUCGCUCGGGUGAAGAAGGUCCGCGUCCUCUGUUGUGGAACAAGGACAGAGUCGAAAAAUUGGCUACUAAAACAACCAUCCAUACAGGAACAGCAACAUCAAAGCAUACAACAGCAUCAUCAACGGCGAGAAAUAGCGCUUUAUGGCAAGCAUCAAGUACAAGAACAACAAAUAAAACAACGAAAAAUACAUCAGCAUCACCACCAACAACAAAUGGAACCACAACAACAGCGAUCAAAUUUGACUCACAAAAACUGAAGAUGACGAAAGACAUUUUCACUGUUGGCACUUGGAAUGUUCCGACAUUAUGGGCAGCUGGAAAACUAGAACUACUAAGAAAUGAAAUGAAGCGUUACAGAUACGAUGUCAUCAGCAUCUCAGAAGUGCGUUGGACAGGGAAAGGUGAAACAUCAAACGGCUACUUCUUCUGGUCAGAAGAAAACAACACACACACUAAAGGUGUUGGAAUGCUACUCAGUACAAAAGCUAAAAAGUCAUUCCUGAGCUAUAAUCCAAUUAACUCAAGAUUAAUUACGGCAAGAUUCAAUGCAACAUCAUUUUAG